GGUUUGUGAUGUGAGUUGGGAAGGAAACUCUAGGAGAAUUUUAACUAAGAGGAGACUAUCCACUAGUAGAUUGCAUCGAAAAUAUAUCCACAAUACCAUCCCUCCUGAUGCCACUGACCCUUGUACACUAAAUGUAAUCUCUGCUAUUUUUCUUCUCAAGGUUCCUUAAUGACCCCAUAUUGUUUUGAUUUCAUUAUUCUAAAUAAUCAUUUUUUAUGCACACUUGUUCAAGAGUAGAGUGAUUUUUGUACCAUGUCUCAACUCUUUUCCCUAACAUUUAUGGAGCUCUUAUAGACUGGACUUAAUAACCAUUGAUAAUAAUGUAUUAAAAUGGAACAUUAUACUGCAGAGUGUGAAUCAAUGAUUUGAUAUUGGAGUCAUCUUGAAAUGGUUUCUUGUCAAUGCAAGAUUUUGCCUUUUAUUCAAUGAUCAACUGAGGAUAAAGACCUUGUCAUCUCUAAGAGUAAUUCCCCUCACCAAACAAGAACACUUAACACGUCAUAGACAGAGAACAUAAGGGGGAUUUCCUGACCAUAAUGGCAGAGGCAUUAAUUAAACAGUCAUAGCAUUUGUAGUAUAAAUGCAUUUCCUUGACUCAGACAUAUAAAAAAAUAAGUUCUCCCUUAAACAUAAGAUAAAAGGAGUUAGUAACUGCAGUUAUAAAGAAAAUUACUGAGGUCCAGACAUGCAGAUGAGGGCGCCCAAAUAUGGAAACAAUGAUUGUAUAAGAAGCCACACCCAUUGCUGAGCAUAUAUAAAGGUCUCAAGAAGGCAGUGAUUCUCAAACUCAGAAUCUUCUGUUGCACUCAGCUCAACUUACACCUACCAUCAACCAUGUCCUACGGCUGCUAUUCUGGAAACUUCUCUUCCCGCUCCUGUGGAGAUCACCUGAGCUACCCUCACUCCUCUUGUGGCUCUUCCUACCCCAGUCACCUACUCCAGAGCACUACCUUCUGCUCCCCCAGAACCUGCCAUCUGGGCUCCUCUCUCCACAGCGGCUGUCAGCAGAACUGCUUCCAGCCCAUCCGAUGCCAGACUUCUCAUGUGGUGCACAGCUCUUGCCAGCGGCCCUGCUACAGCCCCAGGGGUUCCAGCUUCUGCAGUCCCUGCAGGACCACAUGUGCUAGCUCCCAGGGCUUUGGAUCCAGCAGCUGCCACUCCCUGGGUUAUGGGUCUAGAAGCUCUUACUCAGUGAGCUGUGGGUCCAGUAGCUUUAGACCCCAAGGCUUCUCUUCGCUGGGCUAUGGAUCUGGAUUCUGCCACCCAUCUUAUGUGCCCUAUAGAACCUGUCAGUCUCCUUGCUACAGACCAAGCUGUGGCACUGGAUCUGGAUUCUACUGAUCUUCUUUCUAACUUCCAAUCUUGCUGACCACCAAUCAUCUGCUCCUGGAUUCCUGGCCUUUGUUGUCUUCCUUUGACCGGGAAGAAUUGAUUCCCUGAUUGCCAAUUCUUCACUUUCUCUCUGACCUCAGA